UGGAAGUUCAUGACUGGCUAGCUUAACUAUAGUUAUCUGUGGAAUCCCCGUUUGCUGUAUCGCGUUUAUAGAUCUCUGCAACUACCCGCUUACGCCAUCCCCUCAAUCACCCCAAGUCCAAGUCAAACCCCGCAUUUACCAUCCUCCUCGCAGACGCCAUGGCAACAGUAACUCAAUAUACUCAAGUCGAGUUACUGACUCUGCAUGGACCGGAGUUUCGUCGAGUGUCCACUGCGCCGCCCCGACUGCCUACCGAAGAUGAGAUCCCAAUCAUCGAUUUAAGCACUAUUGAUGACGGGUUUGAAGCAAAGAAAGCUAUCGCAUCUCAAGUCAAAGCUGCAGCUGAGAAUACGGGAUUCUUUUACAUUAAGAAUCAUGGGAUCUCGGAAGAGCUGUUGGGCCGUGCUCUCUCCCAAGCGCAAUCUUUCUUCAGUCAACCGAUCGAGCAGAAAGAGUUGGUCUCUAAUAAGAAGUCCCAUAAUGCGAUUGGCUUUCAUAGCGUGGGAAGUACGCAAGUGAACAAAUCAGAGACACGAGACCGCAAGGAAACCUUUACAUUGCGCUAUAAUCCCAUCAAUGACCCAACGAUAUCCAACCCGGAGACUCUCCUCGUCGACCCAAGCUAUUCCUCCGUCAACGACGAGUUCUUAUGGGAGGGAACCUCGCACGUACCAGGCUUCCGAGAAACAACCAUUGAAUUCUGGCAGCGACGCUUAGCUCUCGCCCGCAGAAUGAUCCGCAUCUUCGCACUAGCCCUCGACAUGCCCGAAGACUACUUCGACUCCGUAACAACAAACCCCGGCGCUGACGGACUAUACGUCCACUACCCCGGUUCUCCAGCACCGUUAUCCGACGACAUCGAGACGGAUGUCGGGAUCGGCUCGCAUACCGAUUUUCAAUGCGUCACCCUGCUCUGGCAGGACAUGUCUGGCGGGCUACAGGUUCUCUCUGCGAGUGACGAGUGGCUGGAUGCGAGACCUAUCCCCGGGACAUUGGUGGUGAACAUUGGGGACUUUUUACAGCGUCUUUCAAAUAAUCGGUUCAAGUCGACGGUGCAUCGAGUGUAUAAUCGGCAGACAACAUCUCGGUAUUCAAUGCCGUUUUUCUUGGGAUUUAAUCCUGACUCGGUGUGUCGGGUUGUGCCCUCGUGUGUCGAUGAGGAUCAUCCUGCUCUAUAUGAGCCUAUUUCUUGCGGAAAGUGGCAUCGGAAUCGUCUUGCACUGGCAGAGGGAAAACCUAUUACUGCAUGAGCUAGAGACGAUAGUAUUUUGAAAUGUUCAAAUACGUUUAGUAUAACUUUGCGGUCUCCAGUCUGAGCGUCCACUUAAAAGGGUCCGUAGCUACAAGUCCGAGCUCCACGGCUAGAGGUUCAUGAGAGCCCGCCGAAUCUAGAACCCGAUGAACGAGAACGACAGAAAUGACAAUAGUACCGGAUCAAACCCAGCCCCAAUUCUUCCCCAGUAG